CCAACAAAUCACCUUGACAGGCACGCUUCUCAGCAUGCUCCUGUCACCGUCUAACCAGACAUGCCAGCGCAUCCUGUCCUUCAUUGCUAGGAUCAUCUCCAGGCAGCUGAACCAGAUGAGCCAGCACCGAAGGACGUCCCUUGUCCGUGCAGCCUUUGACCAGUUCCCGCCCCAGGAACUAUGCCAGCGUCAAGCCUUCAUCCCUCUGAAGGCGACACCCGGCUUGAUGGCCAUGCAGCGGAGUCAAGUUCGGUUCGGAGAGGAUUACCGCAUUUAUCAGCAGAACAUCGAUCUGGACUCCUUCUUCGGAGAGGAGCCAAAGUAUGACAAAGUUUCGGAUGUCUGCCUGCUCAACGAUCACUUCAUACUGGUGAAGAUGCCCCAGUUCCAGCAGCCCAACAGCCCAGCAGUAAAGGCACCAACAACACAAUCGCCUCCCCAGACGAAAUCGAAGCUGCCGCGUUGCUUCAAAUGCAGUCGUAGCAGUCGCGUCUCGCCCAUUCUGGAGGAGAUGGAGGAGAAGCGUCCUCAGAGGAGCUGCCUGAAGCCCUGGGCCAGCAGGGACAUGGAUGAAGUUGAAGUUUUUGAUUCCACCACGACCAUAACAACCAUCCCAAGUGAGAGUUUUGUUCGUGCUCCUCCUGAAUCUGUGAUAGUAGAGCAGCCACAUCUGCAGCCGCAUCCGCAGCCUCCUCCAAUCCCUGCUCUUCUGCAGCUGGAAGCGAUUCAUCCAGCAGCAUCAGCCCCAGUCGUCGAGACGCCUCUUCUUAGCCGCGCUCCAAUCCAUUGGUUUCUGUGGCCCUUCCGGCGACGGCUCCACUCCAGACCCAAGUCCAAGCCCCCGCUGGCCGCCGUUCAUAAGACGUACUUUGUGCGCUGGAGCAAACCCCCGGACACCAUCUGGCAGGGCUACGGCGUGGACAGAGGCGAGAAGGAGCAUAAGAUGGGUCUGCGGCGCUGUCGUUCGGCAGUCUUCUGAGCGAAUCAAUCAUCAGAUAAAGAUAAGAUAUAUUUUUAAAGAUUACUUUGUUAAGGGUCCAGUAAUUUUCUUCUUAA